CCGCCUCACUGUGAGUAUCUUGCUGGGGACUUGAGGAUAUAAAAUGAAGGAACUUACUGUAACCAGGGCGCAUUAUGUAGUUGGAGUUCCCUUUGUGAACUCCCACACAGACAUUAAAGUCAGUCCAAUGCUUUAAUCACCGCGCACACAGAGAGAUAUCGCUGCCGGCUUCCUCUCACUUGCAACCUGAAAAGAUUUCAUCAAGUCGCCGGGUAGAGACAGAGCAGAGCCAUGGCAGGGGACGGGUCAGAGCAGCGGGCGCUGCAGUAUGAACAAACUCUGAUGUAUGGGCGAUACACCCAGGAACUCGGGGAGUACGCCAAAGAGGAGGCCGCACGGCUGAGGGAGAGCGGGCAGAGGCGAUCGCUCAGCGAACGAAGCCGGACCCUGGACCUGCUGGAGUACGAAAAGGGACGCUGUGCCAAGUGUCGCAUCUGCACGGUUCGCUGUCAGAAGUUCCUGAUCUCGCGGGUCGGGGAGGACUGGAUCUUCCUCAUCCUGCUGGGACUCCUCAUGGCCCUGGUCAGCUGGGUGAUGGACUUCUGCAUCGCCAUCUGUCUACAAGCACAGAAGUGGAUGUACGGAGGUCUGGACAGCAACGUGUUUCUGCAGUAUCUGGCCUGGGUCACCUACCCCGUAGUCCUCAUUACCUUCUCUGCCGGCUUCACCCAGAUUCUUGCCCCCCAGGCUGUCGGUUCAGGUAUUCCAGAGAUGAAGACCAUCCUGAGGGGAGUUGUGCUGAAAGAAUACCUCACCUUUAAAACGUUUGUGGCCAAAGUCAUCGGCCUCACCUGCGCUCUGGGCAGCGGCAUGCCCCUGGGCAAGGAGGGUCCGUUCGUGCACAUUGCCAGUUUGUGUGCUGCUCUCCUCAGCAAGUUCAUGUCUCUGUUUGGAGGAAUCUAUGAAAAUGAGUCGAGAAACAUUGAGAUGCUGGCAGCAGCCUGUGCUGUGGGAGUGGGCUGCUGUUUUGCUGCCCCCAUAGGAGGUGUGUUGUUCAGUAUUGAAGUAACGUCCACGUUCUUUGCGGUGAGGAACUAUUGGAGAGGUUUCUUUGCUGCUACCUUCAGUGCCUUCAUCUUCAGAGUACUGGCUGUUUGGAACAGAGACGAGGAGACCAUCACAGCCCUUUUUAAAACCAGUUUUCGGCUAGACUUUCCCUUUGACCUCCAGGAGCUUCCUGCCUUCGCCGUCAUUGGCAUUGCCAGUGGUUUCGGUGGGGCUUUGUUUGUCUACCUGAACCGACUGAUUGUCCAGUUCAUCAGGAAACAGAAGGCCAUCAACAGAUUCCUCAUGAAAAAACGUCUGCUGUACCCUGCACUGGUCACUUUACUUGUUUCCACACUAACAUUUCCCCCUGGCUUUGGACAGUUUAUGGCUGGCAAGCUGACCCAGAAGGAGUCUCUGGUGACAUUGCUGGACAACCGGACGUGGGCCAAACAGGGCAUCGCUGAGGAGUUUGACUACAUCGGACACUCUCAGGCCUGGAAACACCCACAGGUCAACGUCUUCAUCACCCUGGUCCUCUUCAUCGUCAUGAAGUUCUGGAUGUCUGCCCUGGCCACCACCAUCCCAGUGCCCUGCGGAGCCUUCAUGCCAGUAUUUGUCAUUGGGGCAGCCUUCGGUCGGCUGGUUGGAGAAAGCAUGGCAGCCUGGUUCCCAGAUGGCAUUCACACAGAUGGCACCAUCUACCCCAUAGUGCCGGGAGGCUACGCUGUCGUGGGUGCGGCGGCCUUGUCGGGAGCGGUCACCCACACUGUUUCCACCGCAGUCAUCGUGUUCGAGCUGACUGGCCAGAUCUCCCACAUCCUGCCGGUGAUGAUAGCAGUGAUCCUGGCCAACGCCGUGGCCCAGUCCCUGCAGCCCUCCCUCUACGACUCCAUCAUCAGGAUCAAGAAGCUGCCCUACCUCCCCGAGCUGGGCUGGGGACACCAUGAAAAAUAUAAUAUUCGCGUAGAAGACAUCAUGGUGCGGGAUGUGCGGUACAUCACACUCAACUGCUGCUACAGAGACCUGCAUAACGUCCUGCUGACGGGCCACCUGAAGACUCUGGCACUGGUGGAAUCAGCUGAGUCCAUGAUCCUGCUGGGCUCCAUCGAGCGUGCCCAGCUCCAGUCACUGCUCUCUCAGCAGCUCGGACGCCCCAGACGGCUAGAGUACAUCAGGGAGCGAUCCAUCGCAGAGAAGAAACGCAUGUCGGUCGUGUCAAACCCAGUCAGUGAGGACAGCAGCCAGCGGGUCAGUCAGGAGGUCCGCUUCCAGAUCUCCACUGAGGAGUCAACCUUCAGUCCUGUCCGUGCAGUUCCUCAGAAGCCCCUCAAACCUGCACUGAAGAGAACCUCUAUGGUGGAGCGACACACUGAGAUCCCUGCCAGCCCAAAUGAUAAUUCAGGCAUUGCUUUAAAGAACCUGUUCUGCGCCAGUCCAGACACAGAAGCCCUGGAGAAAAACAACAACUUGGAGAGAACCAUUACUCCUGAGCUCAGGAGGCCGGCCAAACGAGUCCGGAUAUCCGUCGUGGACGACGGAGAUGUGGAGGAUGACAUGACUAUUAGAGAGAUUACAGAGUGGGAGGAGAUGCAGCUUGAUGAGCAGGUCAACUUCAACAACUGCAAGAUCGACCCCGCUCCGUUCCAGCUGGUGGAGCGCACAUCGCUCCAUAAGACCCACACCAUCUUCUCCCUGCUGGGCCUUGACCAUGCCUAUGUCACCAGCAUUGGACGCCUCAUCGGGGUGGUUUCCCUCAAAGAGCUUCGCAAGGCCAUCGAGGGCUCCGUGACAGUGAAAGGUGUGAAGGUGCGUCCUCCUCUGGCCAGUUUCCGGGACAGCGGCACCAGCAGCAGCGAGAACGAAGCCACUGAGCUCCACAAGCUGUGGGAUCGCCAUAAGAGCAUGUCGUUGCCCCGCGAACGCCACCCCUCUGAGUCCGACGAGAAAUCCCAGUGAGAGAAAGUAGAGGAGGUGGAGGAAGAAGAAAAGAAGAGGGAGGCAUUGAGAUAUUUAAUCCCCCAAAGCCACAAACUAGGAAAAAUCCUCAGGGCUUAGGAACAAUAUUUAAUUCUGGAAAGAGUUCUACUGCUACGCCAGCCUCUUCAUAACUCCUCAUUUCUCUCCUCAUCUACUCCUCUUUCUCUCCACCAUCCACUUUCCUUCAAGGACCCACCAGCGCUUUGUCCAGGAGUCUUGCACUGACCAAGCCAGACACUCCAAGAGGGAGUGGAACACAACUCAACCUGUGCCCUGCUCUCCAUUUACCCUUGGGAACCCACAGCAAAGUGAAUGUGGAUUGGGGGGCGGGCAAGUGUGUCGAAUCCAACUAGGGACUGGGAAUGGGUUGAAAUCUUAAAAAAGGGAUUUUUUAACAUCCUUUGUUUUGUUUGUCUACUUUAGAGUUGGGAUCAAAUUUUGGACCUGGAAAAGUUAUCUUUUGAACAAGUCUUCCACUCGGGUAGAGAAAUUCAGCAGAGAUAAGCGUAAUGUAGGCAUGUACUGUAAGUGUGAGUGUACGAAAUGAGAAAAUGUGAGUGUGCCUGAAGAGGACGUUAGCAAACAUUUCUUCAACAAUUUUUUACUGCCUUUACAACAUUUUUCAGUCUUUCUUUUCCAGCUUGAAUAAUUAUAUUUCUGACUGAUCAGGUGGUCUGGGUUUAACUGGAAUUUGCAUGGUACCAUUUCUUUGUAAAUUACACUUAAGUCUGUCCCAUUGACAAGCAUUGGACUGAGGCGACAGAUGCCUUGAUUUUCUGCUUUUUCUUGAUUCCAUUAUUUAUUCUUUCCUUGGUCUUCACAUCUCUUCACUGCAAGUCUAAAUGGUCCAGUUGAAAGUACAGUCUAUGCAAGCAGAUAUGCCUGUUGGCAGUGGCGGACGCAUCUGUAGCUCUCUCCAUAAUGUACACUCCUUUCAUACCGUAGCUACGGCCUUACAUUACAAAGACACAUGGAAAUACACACAAACAGAAGUCAGCGAUGCACUCAGAGUCAAGGUUUUCUGCUUAUCUAAAUAUAGCUCUUAAUAACCGUUCCAGAGAAGGUAGGGGCGGAUGGAGAGGGCAGGAAGCGAGGGAGAGACGAGGAACAGGGAGCAAAUGGAUGGCUGAAAGAAUGGAGACCUCAUUACCUAACCAGCUGCUCUGGGCCCUCUCAUCAAUCUGUCUUUGAUUUCCAUGUUAGCUAACCUCCAGUGCUAUCAGAGACACAGAAGCCACCCAACAGCUAUAUGAGGUAAUGGUUCAGGGCUGAGGCAGACACUGUUAAAGUUAACGUAUACAGAAACAGAUGAGCAGAAUGAGCUUGAUUAAUGCAGGCCAGUAGCUUGAGUGAAAAGAAUGAUUAGUCGAUAUAAAUCCGUUAAAGGAAAUCCAUAACUGACAGAUAGUGAGCAGUUCAUGAUAUAGUUUAACCAUUUAAAAUGCACCUCCUUUACCAGCACCACUCCAAAUCAUCACUAACUUAUCUCUCCAGCUACCAACCCAAUGUGGUUGAACUUGGAACUUGGUCUAUUAAUGUUUUAAUGACAGCAUGGUUUCACAUUCAGGAAGCACUCACAUGGCUGAUAAUGUAUACAUACUGUGUAUUUAAUAAUUAUUUUCUGCCGUAAUGCUUGAGGCUUGUCUGUACGCUCUCUGCUCAUCGACAAAAAAAAAACAUUGAUUUGUUUUCCCUCUCUUCCAUACCUCCAUCUUUGCCACUUCCGCCUCCAUUUUUUACUUGGUGGGCUACUGACCCUAAAUUUGUGCUUUUAUGUUUUAUUUACUUUUUGGGGGGGGACCAGACAAGGAUGUCUACUACUACCUACAGAAAUAGCUCUGCUGUUUGGAGGCCUUAAAUAUGUACUCAUACCCAAUUUCAUUGUGGUCUUCAGCAUUUGCAUGUAUUUUACUUUUGGUGGUGUCUUGCUGCGCUCCACUGAAAGUAAAAUGAACACAGUAAAACAGCAUGGCUUUGCAUGACAGAGUGCAUGUGAGCUUUGUUUUAGAUGACAGGAUGUUACCAAAAACAAAAGCUUGAAGGAAAUUAAUAUGGGACGAGUGAAUGAUGUUGUGUCUUAGGGCCAUCUGGUGCCUGUUUAUGUGUCUUUACAAUAUCUUAUUUUAUACUUAUAGAUUAGAUCAGA